ACUUAAGAGAGAAGGGUGUGGAAAAAGACACGUUUUUUUUUUUCAACACAAAUAUUUCAUAGUAUAAGAUGAGAAAUGAGCUAUUUUUAUUGUUCUGAAGAAAAAAAAAGUUACUUUUGAUGAACUUUUCUUCAUCAAAUGGAUAUCGUGGGUCCCAUAGAGGAAAAGUCCUCUUAAUUAUCUUAUUCCUACUUCCAAGCGGUAAAUCCUACAGGGAAGCUUCCUAAGCUUGAGUCUUUGCUCACACCCAUUUGUAUGCAAACCAGAUGUUUGAUAUAGUUCCUGAACGAAGUGUAUAUGCUGAAUAUCGUAGUCCAUGAUUCUAGUAGCUUCAAUGCACCCAAUAUCACUUAUGAAUUGUCAUUCCUCUGCUAAAUGUGGUUUUCUUGAAGCUAAUUUUUGCUGCCCAGUUUUUCAAUGCCAGUUUCCCGCUAAUCCUUCAAGUAACAGAGUAGUUAUAUCGAGAUCACAAUUGUCGUUGCCAAAUAUCAAGAGAAAUAAUGGGGUUGUUUGUAGCAAGAUGCUUGAAACUAGUGUUAGUUCUGAAGCUUCCAUCAAAGCUCAAGUCCAAAAACUGGUCGAUCUACUCCAUGUAUGCGCUGAUGAAGAGUUAUUAGAUGAAAGCAAAGCUAUUCAUGGUUAUAUUCUGAAGUCUGAUUUUCCGGAUAAUAACUUGUUGCUGUUGCUUAAUCAUGUAUCACACGCAUACUCGAAAUGCUCAGAGUUUGGCUCUUGUCAGGUAUUGUUUGAUAAAAUGUUGCAGAAGAAUGUCUUCUCUUGGACUGUCAUGAUUGUGGGAUCAAUAGAAAAUGGACUUUUCUAUGACGGGUUCAAAUACUUCCGAGAGAUGCUAGAGUACGGAAUGCUGCCAGAUGGAUUUGCUUACUCGGCUGCAUUACGGUUGUGCGUUGCUUUAGGCAGCCUUGAAUUGGGUAAAAUUGUACAUGCUCAGAUUGUUGUGAGAGGCUUUACUUCAAAUGUUAUUAUUAAUACAUCACUUCUUAACAUGUAUGCAAAGUUGGGGAAUGUUGAGGCUUCAUCUCAGGUUUUCAACAGUAUGAGUGAAAGGAAUGCAGUCUCUUGGAAUGCAAUAAUAUCAGGACUUACUGCUAAUGGUCUUCAUUUGGAAGCGUUUAAUCGUUUUUAUGAAAUGAAAGAUAAAGGAUUUUCCCCAGAUGUAUACACUUUAGUUGGUGUAAUGAAGGCAGUCGGGAGUUUAGGUGAUAUUGGCAAGGGUAAGGUAGUCCAUAGCUGUGUCUCUGAGUUAGGUAUGGAUUCUAAUGUUGUUGUAGGCACUGCACUGAUUGAUAUGUAUGCUGAAUGCGGUGCUUUAUGUGAGGCAAAGACUGUUUUUUAUUCUAAUUUCAGCAAUUGUGGAGUAAAUAUGCCAUGGAACGCAAUGAUUUCUGGUUAUACACGGUGUAAAUGUAGUCAAGAAACUUUGCAGCUGUAUGUUAAUAUGUGUAAAAAGAAUGUUAGGUCUGAUAUUUACACUUACUGUAGUAUGUUCGAUGCGAUUGCUGAAUCAAAAUGUUCCAAGUUUUUAAUGGAGGUUCAUGCGGCGGUUCUUAAAUCUGAAUAUGAUAAUAUAUCCCUUAGUGUGCAGAAUGCAAUUGCAGAUGCUUAUGCUAAAUGUGGGUCUCUUGAGGGUGUAAGGAAGAUCUUUGACAGAAUGGAACAAAGAGACAUAGUGUCUUGGACCACUCUUGUGACUGCAUAUUCUCAAGGUUCCCAAUGGGAGGCAGCUAUAGUCGUCUUUUCUCAGAUGAGGGAAGAAGGCUUUACAGUCAAUCAGUAUACUUUGGCUAGCACCCUUGUCGCCUGCGCUAGCCUAUGCUAUCUUGAGUACGGUCGGCAACUUCAUGGGCUCCUGUACAAAACUGGGUUACAGAAUGAAAGUUGCAUAGAAAGUGCACUGGUAGAUAUGUAUGCCAAGUGUGGGAGCAUAACUGAGGCGCAAAAGGUAUUUGGUUGUAUUUCCAAUGCUGAUGCUGUUUCUUGGACUGCCAUGAUAUCUGGGUAUGCCCAACAUGGUUUUGUAUUUUGUGCACUUGAAUUAUUCAAGCAAAUGGAGCAGUUGGGCAUUAAACCCACUGCAGUUACAUUAUUGAGCAUUUUGUUUGCUUGUAGCCAUGGUGGAUUGGUUAAAGAAGGUCUUCACUUUUUUUGGUCAAUGGGUAAAAGGUAUAAUUUGGUACCAGAGAUACAGCAUUAUGCUUGUGUGGUUGACCUCCUUGGCCGUGUGGGUCUUUUAAGUGAAGCGUUUGAAUUUAUCAGAAAAAUGCCUGUUGAACCGGAUGAAAUGGUUUGGCAAUCACUGUUAAGUGCAUGUAGGAUUCAUGGUGAUUCUGAGCUGGGAGAAAUAGCUGCCAAGAAAAUCCUUUCUGUUUGCCCUCAAUAUUCAGCUACAUAUGUUCUUUUAUCCAAUACAUAUAUGGAAACUGGGAAUUUUAGAGAGGGAAUUGACCUGAGAAAUGUGAUGAAAAAGCAAGGGGUGAGAAAGGAACCGGGCUUUAGUUGGAUUAUGAUUAAUGGUAAAGCACAUAAAUUUUAUGCAAGCGAUCAGGAACACCCAGAGAAAAAAGACAUUUAUCUUAUGCUGGAAGAAUUAAGGGUCCAUAUGAAGGCUUUGGGUUAUACACCAGAUUUGAGAUUUGUUUUGACAUCUGGAGAUUGAAAUAGCACCUUGUAGCAAUCUGUUUGGUGCUAGUAGUACUUGAACUGCCGAAUUCUAAAGCUACUCUUUUAGUGGAGACUUGUCGUUAUGUUUUGAAUCAUAGCACAGAGGGUAGAUAUUCUGCACAAAAUGAACUAUUUACCUAGGAGUCGGAAUAAAUAUGCAGAAACAUGGCAGACAAUGAACUUGUCUUGAAUCAUAGCACAGUUGUGGGCUUUCCAUCUGUUGUAUCCUAACACUAGUUACAAAUUUUGUCUCACAUAUUAAAAUUUUAGCUGCACGGCUUCCCCAAAGGAAAAGGUGCCAAAAGCAGGGAAAGAGGGACCUUCUACUAUUUUUCUCCUUGUAAAUACUGAAUUCACUGGGACAUGCCCAUUGAGGAAAAGGUACCUUUGGGAUGAAAUGGACUUUAACAGAGAUGAACAUAUGAAUGGAUGAAGAGAAUUCAUACAGCCGACACCCCAACCAAUUUGUGAUUGAAGCAUAGUUGAUUGACUGACUGAUGGCAGGAGGUCCUAAUAUUCAAAUCCAAUCCGUACCUGCGUUCAUUUUAUUGACUGCAGUUCCAAGCUUGUUGUGGAAUUAUUGCUGAGUUGGAGUAUCUUCAUGGAUCAUAAACAUGCAACUUCUUGCUGCUAAUUGUUUAGACCACGGCAGAAGUAGGAGGCUCAUCUCUAUGAUUUCCCAUGAUUGCAAGCAUGUUUCAUGGUUCUACACAACUUCCAGGGGUUCAAUAUUGACAUAUUAGCAGGAUAACAGUGCUCAAUUUCGUUACAAUGUGUUACUGUUCUUGCAAAAAUGAUCACCUAAAUGCCACAUUUUUAUUCCUUAUUUGUCCCGAGACUAUGAUAUGUUUUCGUUAAAUGGU